UGUCUCACAAUAUUAUUCACUCGAUAACUCUAUAGACUUUGAACGGAAAAACUAUAUCUAUUUUAUAACUUGUAAAAAUAAUGUGUGACGAAAGCACUAUUUCGGACUGCGAGCCCACCACCUUGCGGCUUCCUUUCAACAGCUACCAUAUCAAUUUGCCCCUCUACAUUUUGGAUAUGGUGCGCAUCUUUCAGGAUCAUCCCAAGUACAGCAAUGGUAUCCAUGAGGAGCACAUCCUGGAGAUGCUGGAGAAGGAACCCUUUGCUUGCGGGGAUCUGGAGUCGCAGGUGAAGACCGCUUUGCUGGAUCUCACGGCCAAGGGGUUCAUACGCUACAUAUCCAAUGGGUACCGCACCCUGGGACCGAUUGCCAAACUGGCCAAUGCCCGUUCCGUGCGCCACUUCAGCAUGACAUGGCAGCGCAUUGCCGAGCUGCAGAAGAUUAACUGUCCGAGCCUGGAGCCCGGGUCCAUCUCCAGCGAGAACUGCACCCAGCGCGGAUCUAACUACUGAUCUUAAGAGCCUUUUUUUUUGUAUUUCGUUGCGUUAACCAUUUUAUUUACUGAGUUAAGUUCCAUCCUCACCAAGGAAAGGCGCAGACACUCCACACACACACACACUCAACUCCAUCAAAAUUGUAACAGUCUAGUAAAAUUCCUGCAAAUCCAA